UUAAAAACAUUCCACAACGAAUGGCCUCAAAGUAAAGAAUCUCACUUUCUUCCCCACCAACCCUUCCCCGUCUCUUCCCCCAUCCCCAUCCAUGGCGCUCCUCCGCCGCCUCGUCUCCUCCUCCUCCUCCUCCUCCUCCUCCUCCGCGCUCCUCCGCCCCAUCCUCACCUCGCCCCUCUCUCGCCCCUUCUCCUCCGACCAAACCCUAACAAUCGAGACGAGCGUCCCCUUCACCGGGCACAAGAUCGAGCCCCCCUCGCGCUCCGUCGACACCUCCCCGGCGGAGCUCCUCUCCUUCUUCCGCGACAUGUCCUUGAUGCGGCGCAUGGAGAUCGCCGCCGACUCCCUCUACAAGGCCAAGCUCAUCCGCGGCUUCUGCCACCUCUACGACGGCCAGGAGGCCGCCGCCGUGGGCAUGGAGGCCGCCAUUACCAAGAAGGACUCCAUCAUCACCGCCUACCGCGACCACUGCACCUUCCUCGCCCGCGGCGGCACCCUCGUCGAGGCCUUCGCCGAGCUCAUGGGCCGCCGCAACGGCUGCUCCGACGGGAAGGGCGGCUCCAUGCACUUCUACAAGAAGGACGCGAGGUUCUACGGCGGCCACGGCAUCGUCGGCGCGCAGGUCCCGCUUGGGUGCGGCGUCGCCUUCGCGCACAAGUACUUGAAGGAGGGGGCCGUCACAUUUGCGCUCUACGGCGACGGCGCCGCGAAUCAGGGGCAGCUCUUCGAGGCGCUCAAUAUCUCCGCUCUCUGGGAUUUGCCCGUCAUUUUGAUCUGCGAGAACAACCACUAUGGAAUGGGGACGGCGGAAUGGAGGGCGGCGAAGAGCCCGGCGUAUUACAAGCGCGGUGACUACGUUCCCGGACUGAAGGUUGAUGGAAUGGAUGUUCUUGCUGUAAAGCAAGCAUGCAAAUUCGCUAAAGAGCAUGCUCUUGCAAAUGGUCCCAUUAUCCUUGAAAUGGAUACCUAUAGGUAUCAUGGACACUCUAUGUCGGAUCCAGGGAGCACUUAUCGGACUCGUGAUGAGAUCAGUGGCGUACGACAGGAGCGUGAUCCAAUUGAAAGGGUUAGAAAGUUGAUCUUGGCCCAUGAACUAGCCACUGCCUCUGAGCUUAAGGAUACGGAGAAAGAAGUGAGAAAAGAGGUUGAUGAUGCCAUUGCUCAAGCUAAGGAAAGCCCUAUGCCUGAUCCAUCUGAGCUCUUCACAAAUGUGUAUGUGAAAGGUUUUGGGGUGGAGUCUUUUGGUGCAGACAGGAAGGAGGUGAAAGCUGUUCUUCCUUGAAUUCAAGCAGCUAAAAUUUCAGUGCUCUCCUCAUUUGGGGGGAAUUAAUUAUCUGAUUUGUUUACCAAUAAAGAUGGGAAGAUGAAGAGGCUUUGUCCGCCGUCAGUAUUUGUUUGAGCAAUUCGACUUGUGCAGCAACACGCAUCUUCAAAAAUUGAGGGAAUUCCUUAUUUUUAACCCUUCUAUUUUUUCAGGAAAACUGAAUCUUGUGUCUUUCUUAUGUUUUGUUAUACCGGCCAGGAGCUAUGCUUGCAUAAUGGCGACCAUUUUGGAAUUUAAACUUUAUAUCAAUUGGAUGGCUUGUGAAGCCAAUUCUUUUGCCUGCACUGCCAAGUAUUUUGACAUCUGAAAGCUUUUUCUGAGAAAACUGGUUAGCAUUUAUCUAACCUUUGCUCCA